AUGUUCCAACCCUACAACCUUACUCCAUUAGACCAUUUUUCGCCUCCGGGGCACCUCAACGCUUCUUUAAUAUUCAGUUUGGCCGACAAGGAUCAUGCUCAGGUUCUUCGGAGAAUGGAGGGUGCAAUAGCUCGCGUGGUCUCCGAAUUCCCAUUCCUGACUGGGAUGGUGGUACCAUCUACACAGCCAGAGGGUAGAAGUAACGUACUUCAGGUGCGGCCUGCCACUGCCGCCGAGCUUAAAGAAUGCCCUAUUCUGGUAACUCAACAUCACACAGAGCCGACUCCUCUCACCGUAGAGGGGAAAUAUAACACUGUCUUGAUGCCGUUCCCAGUCGUCUACCCGCCACCUAACCCUUCUCAUGUGUUACGGUUUAAGGCCAAUGUGAUAGGAGAUGAGCUGCACAUCGUCUGGUGCUUUGAUCACCGAGUCAUAGACGGAUCAGGCUUUGCUGUUUUGAUCUUUGCUUUCGCCUCGUUCUGUCAUGAUCCAAAUGCCCCAGGACCAUCCGCAGGCGAGGACAAAGUAUCUACCGAUUCUAGCCGAGUGCCCAUAAGCGUGCUUCGUGUACUCGAUGGCCGAAAGAUAGAAAAGUUGUGGCAGGCCUGCAAUUCGGCUUUACAGUCUCUUCCUGAGAUAUACACGAAGGGUCUUUCCGAGAUGACCCUUUCACCGAAUCUGAUCGUUAGCGCGCUAGCAAACAUAUGUAGUAAUCGCGCCCGCUCGAGAGCUUUCCCCAAUGAGCAGGAAUCCUCAUCCGAGAUGUUCCUCGUGGCAAAUAUUCGAAAGGCACUGAAUUUACCCCGAGGAUAUAUCGGUAAUACUAUCUUGGGUCUGACAAGCAAGUUUGAUGUCUCUGCGCAUCCACCUCUCGAAGUUUUACAGAACAUCCACGUUCCAUUGCCUCUCAAUCCAGUAGGGCCGGAAGACAUCUGGCGGAUCUGCAAUAUUGCCCAGACUCUCCAGGAAGAAUCAAUACAUAUGGAUAAGCGGCAUGCACAGGGCAUGAUCGCAACAAUGUCUCGCAAGCAUGAUUGGAGUUCAUUCCAACCCAGGUGGGGGAUGCAAUCAUUUGUAUGUGUAUCUGAUCUCAAAAGAGGGUGGCUUUGGAGGGACUGUGGACCACUUGGAGACCUUCAACUUUUCGACUUGCCGUUCGAUGCAAUUCCAGGCUUUUGCUGGAUAAUGCCGGACUCGCCAUCUGAUUCUUUAUUACCCUAUCCAUCCUGGAGAUUGCGGUGGAAUUUGGAACGGGCGGCGAUCGAGCAUCUAUCAAGCGAUCCCCUUUUCCAGUGGGCUUCAACUCCUAGUGAAGACCGCGAGCAUGCCAAAAUCUAA